GAGGCCUGAUGCGAGUAAUGGACGUAAGAGUAACAGUCUACAGGACUUAGUGGGACACACCCAUACCUGCCUGGGAUCGGCCAAACACAGGAUUGAAGGUUUGCUUUUGCUGGAGAAGAUUGUCUGUCAGAGUAAUACAGAAGUGUUUGUGAAACAUGUCCGCAGUUGGAUGAACUUGCUUCUGCAAGUCUUGCAGGCACACUGCCCUGCAGCUCAUCGCCAUUUGACUUGUCAUGUGGUCAAACUCUUGCUGAUAGAAAGUAAAAGUUUACCAGAGCUGGCCAGAGAGGUGUCCACAUCAUUUCUUUCUCAACUGUUACCACUACUGCUGGGGGCAUCGGAGGAGUGGGCGCCCUCUUCUAUUGGCUGCAUUAACACUUGUAUCAGACAGUACCCUGGGGCUUGUGGAGUGUUUAAGGGAAAAAUUGAAAGCUUCAUAUUGCUUUACUUGGACAGAGAAUAUCCUGCGGAGAUUUUAGAUAUCUGGGCCCAUAUGCUGACUAGACUGCACACUAGUUAA